GAGUGUCUGAGGAAAUGCCACGUAUAUCUCAUGGGAAGGAGGGUGUCAGCUUCUGACUCGUCCUUAGUUUGCCUUCUGUUCCCUCACCAAGUGUACCUUAGAAUAUCGAGUGAGAAAUAUAGGGAUAAAAAUGGGCAGGACACAACCACUAUUGCUACAGGCAAGGCGCAGAUUUUCUGUGGGAGCCAGAGACAGAGAUCCUGCUUGUUCACCAGCUUAAGGGCGGCCUAACAUCUUCUUCUUUAUUCCCAGUCAGGGUCCUGUGUAAAGUUUUCCCCUUGCGCCUGGCCAAUCAUAAGAGAACACACAAAACUGACAAAUGCAUCAGCUUACAUGCCUUUCAGAGGAAUAACAAAAUGCCUUCAGCUGUGCCUGGACCAUUUUAUGUCCGAAUGACUCUGUCGAAUGAUACGGCCAUUCAGAUCCGUGGAUUUCAGAGCAUUUCAGUAACAGUAUUAGCCUCUGGGAGCAGGCUGACUUACGGAUAUGAAGUGAUGCCUUUUCUCUGCAGUUCAACAAAGCGCAAAUCCCCUCCCCCUCGCCCCUAGGCGUGCAGCAUCCCUCAAGGAGCCGCACGGCCAAAGCUCUGAUUGGUCAGGCAGGAGAAAAGCCCUUGCCUUGGCCGCUGGGGGGCUCCAACUACAGUACCCAGAAAGUCCUGCGCAGAGUUCAGCCAGUGGAAGCACUUCCGAGGGAAUACGGCUCAUGGGGGCGGGACUUCCGGCCUCCUCAUUGUGGCGGCCAUUUUGCUGCUCUCAGGGCGUACCGGGGCGGGACCGAAGUGACGGAACUGUCAAGGCGCAGAAGUCGUGUCCCCACGGCAGAGAGGCGGGUCCGCGGCUGGCGACGCCGCCCGGACUGCCCCGCGCGGGGCAGUCCGGGACGGGGACCGCCGGGUCCAGGUGUCCACUCCGCCCAUAGAGUCCGAUGGCGGCGGUCGCGCCCAGGGACCCGGCUCAGGAUAGUGUGACCUUUGAGGACAUUGCUGUGUACUUCUCCUGGGAGGAGUGGAGGCUUCUUGAUGAGGCUCAGAGAUGCCUGUACCACGAUGUGAUGCUGGAGAACUUUACACUUGUAUCCUCACUGGGUUGCUGCUGUGGAGCAGAGGAUGAGGAGGCCCCCUUUGCACAGAGCGCUUCUGUAGGCGUUUCACAGACCUGGACACCCAGGGCUGCUCUGUCUUCCCGGAAGACCCACCCCUGUGAGAUGUGUGGUCCCGUCUUGAGAGACAUUUUCCACUUGGCUGAGCUCCAGGGGAAAGAAAACAGCCAGAAACAGUUGAGGUGUGGGGCCUGUGGGAAACGAUUUUCUUUCGGUGUGAAGUUGGAGCAGCAGCAGCAGCAGGAGCAGCCCGUGGGAGCAAAGCCAUUCAGAAGCCGUGUGGACAGGGCCUCUGCUGUCAAGAACUGGGGAUCCGGUGGUUCAGGAAAGCCCUUUACCUGUGGAGCAGUUGAGAAGGACUUGCUGUCUGGCUCGGGGCAUCUGGGGCAAGAGGCCACUUGUACUGGGGAGAAGCCAAAGGAAAUCACCCAGUGCAGGGCAACAUUACAAAGCCGAAAAAGUCAUCACACCUGGGGAGAAUGCAAGAAUGCCUUCGGUCCCAAACACCUGCUUGUUCAGGACCACUGUUUUGUGUGCAGUGAAUGUGGGAAAACAUUCAGGUACAAAUCUUCAUUUGCCAUACACCAGAGAUACCAUACUGGAAAAAGACAUCAUGAAUUUGGUGAAUGCGGAAAAUCCCUUAGGCAGAACUCUUCCCUCAGUCAACAUGGAAAGACUCACACUGGGUCCAGGCAAUACAAGUGCAGCAAAUGUGGGAAGUCCUUAAGCCACAGAUCUGUCCUCAUUCAUCCCCAGAGAUGGCACGAUGGAGAAAACAGUUAUGUGUGCAGUGAAUGUGCAGAAUCUUUUAACCGUGGCUCCGUGUUGAUACCAUGUAGAGUUCAAACUGGAAAAAGGCCUUUUAAGUGUAGUGACUGUGCAAAAUCUUUUACUUCUGUCUCUGCCCUCAGUUAUCAUCAGAGAUCUCACACAGGAGAACGGCCUUAUGAAUGCAGUGAAUGUGGGAAAUCUUUUAUCUCUAGGUCUGAUCUCCGUUAUCAUCAGAGAGUUCAUUCUGGAGAAAGGCCUUACGAGUGCAGUGAAUGUGGGAAAUCUUUUAUCACUCGUACUGCUCUCCGUUAUCAUCACAGAGUUCACACUGGAGAAAGGCCUUAUGAGUGCAGUGAGUGUGGCAAGUCCUUUACCCGAAGAAAUAACCUCAUUAUACACCUAAGAGUUCACUCAGGUGAAAGACCUUAUGAGUGUAGUGAAUGUGGGAAAUCUUUUACCUUUAGCUCUAGCCUGCGUUACCACCACAGAGUUCACACUGGAGAAAGACCUUAUGAGUGUAGUGAAUGUGGGAAAUCGUUUAACAAUAGGUGGACGCUCAUUCGACACCGGAGAAUUCACACAGGAGAAAAGCCUUACGUGUGCAGUAAAUGUGGGAAAUCUUUUACCUGUAGCUCCACUCUCCAGUAUCAUCAUCGAGGUCACCUUGGAGAAAGACCUUAUGAGUGCAGUGAAUGUGGGAGGUCUUUUACCACUAGCUCUGCCCUCCGUUAUCACCAGAGAGUUCACACUGGAGAAAGGCCUUAUGAGUGCAAUGAAUGUGGGAAAUCUUUUAUUUCUAGGUCUGACCUCCAUUACCAUCAUAGAGUUCAUUCUGGAGAAAGGCCUUAUGAGUGUAGUGAAUGUGGGAAAUCCUUUAUCCGAAGAAAUAACCUCAUUUUACAUCAGAGAGUUCACACAGGAGAAAGGCCUUACAAAUGUAGUGAAUGUGGGAAAUCUUUUAACAAUAGAUGGACACUCAUUCAACACCAGAGAGUUCACACAGGAGAAAAACCAUAUGUGUGCAGUGAGUGUGGGAAGUCUUUUACCUGUAGCUCCACACUCUGUUACCAUCAAAGAGUUCAUGAAGGUAAAAGGCCUUAUGAGUGCAAUGAAUGUGGGAAAUCUUUUACCUCCAGUUCCACUCUCCGUUAUCAUCAGAGAGUUCACACAGGAGAAAGGCCUUACAAGUGCACUGAGUGUGGGAAAUGUUUUACCUUUAGUGCCAGCCUUCGUUAUCAUCACAGAGUUCACAGUGGAGAAAGGCCUUAUGAGUGCACUGAAUGUGGGAAAUCCUUUAAGGAUAGAUCACAAUUCAAUAAACACCGGAGAACUCACACAGGAGAAAGGCCUUAUGAGUGCAGUGAAUGUGGGAAGACAUUUAGCCAAAAAUCUUCCCUGUCAAUACACCAGAGAAUUCAUAAUAGUGAACGGUCUUAUGAGUGUAGUGCUUGUGGGAAAUCUUUCACAUCUAUAUCUGGCCUUGGUUAUCAUCAUAGAGUUCAUAGGGGAGAAAAGCCUUAUCAGUGCAGUGAAUGUGGGAAAUCUUUUACCAAUAGCUCAAUACUCAUUCGACACCAGAGGGUUCACACAGGAGAAAGACCUUAUGUGUGCAGUGAAUGUGGAAAAUCUUUUACCAGUAGUGCUACCCUCUCUUACCAUCAGAGAGUUCAUGCAGGUAAAAGGCCUUAUGAGUGCAGUGAAUGUGGGAAGUCAUUUACCUCCAGUUCCACCCUUCGUUAUCAUCAGAGAGUUCAUGCAGGAGAUAGGCCUUACGGGUGUAGUGAAUGUGGGAAAUCUUUUAUCUCUAGCUCCAAACUACGCUACCAUCAGAGAGUUCACACUGGAGAAAGGCCUUAUGAGUGCAGUGAGUGUGGGAAAUCCUUCAGGGAUAGUUCCCAAUUCAGUCAACACCGGAGAGGUCAUACUGGAGAAAGGCCUUAUGAGUGCAGUGAAUGUGGGAAGUUUUUUACACGGAAAUCUACCCUCUCUCAACAUCAGAGAGUUCACACUAGGGAAAGGCCUUAGGUUGCAGGGAAGGUGUAAUUUCCUAUUCACUGUAACAACACUGCAGGGAACUCUGAGGAGCCAUCUGUCUGCCCUGAGUCUCAGACAGCUGAAUGUGCACAGUGGGAUAAUCCAUGUAAGUUUCUAUAAGGUAGUAGGAAGCUUGUGUAAAUAUGUUGCACUUUCUAAACUGUCCAGGGCUCUUUCUGGAUUUAGCUCACUGCUAGAUUUUGUGACCAAAGCCUUUUCAUCUCUCCUGACUGGCAGGUGCACAGGGUGCACCAGUCACCUCCACAGUGUAUUCAAGGAAGGUGACCUUUGUUCUCUCGUGAAUUGGAACAAAUUAGGAGUGACCUGAGCCCUUAUGGUCAGUUUCCCCAUCUCCUUAACUACCUUGGGCAUGGACCUGAAUCACUGAUGACCCAGGGAAUAGGAGUAUGGCUGGCAGCUUACAGAGAAUGACUAUCUUUUUCAGGGACAUGUUAGUUUCAUGUGACAUUUGCGAUGAGCUUUUCCAGCUUCCAAGUCCCAAACGUUAACUGUGCUGCACGUUGCUUUGGCUUAUGUGAUGAUCAAGGCCUUAUUCUUUAAGUCCUCUUUAAUCUUGGAUAUUCUGCUUACUCUGUGUGGUAGUUUAUGUACGGAUUUGGACUCAACAAGCAUUGCUGGGUGAACUUUUUAGGAGUCUUAAGUUGUCCAUGCUUCAGGAGGGAGAGGAGGAUGGCAGAAAAUAGCUUGCCAGUUUGGCCAAAUUUGCAUUGCUGCUUCACCACCUCUGAAAAACUGCAGGGCUUUCUGGUGUUCAUUUGUGAUCUGCAUGCUUUGUGUUUUGGGAGGGGGCAGGGGUGAGACCCUCAGAUGCUUCUGAAAGGAGCAUGAAUUUUUUUCACUUGCUGAAAGGAGGUAUCACAGGGGAUGUCAGCACUGUUGGGGGCUUAUUAACCCUGGCUUUACAAGCAGCCAUGUGCCCUGAUGUCCACAACCCAUUGGGCUGAGGUCACUGGUCGAAAGACCACAGUGGGCAAGAGAAACCCUAUUUGGUACAGAAACACUGGCUUAACAGGAAGUGGAGACUGCAGCCAACUGGAUGGAAUGUGCCUCUUCUAAAAAUGCAUCCGGAUGGGGCGCCUGGGUGGCUCAGUGGGUUAAAGCCUGUGCCUUCGGCUCAGUUCAUGGUCUCAGGGUCCUGGGAUCGAGCCCCACAUCGGGCUCUCUGCCCAGCGGGGAGCCUGCUUCCUCCUC